UUCCCGUACUGAAUAAACUUCCGCCUUGGAGGGGUUGUUGCAGCCGCGGGUCCGGGGGAGAGGCCAGGCACCGAACCCAGGCUCUCAUGGGGGAGGGGUCUUUCUGUCCCGGCGAAUGUGGAAGACCUGCUCUCACAAGAUUAAACCGGGCUUCACUAUUCGCAUGGGAGUGCGAUGCCAUUCUCUGAUCGUGUUUUGCAAGCUGCAGCGGAGCGGCCAGACCUGCGCUACGGGGGCUGAGCAGCAGCGAUCACUCCUAAAAAGUAGCAAGGAGCCUGCUUCAUAUCUCCAGUACCAGUGGUACUUAAGGGCCGCGGGCUGAACUGGCACGGGCCAAUCCGUUUCCCGGCGGUUGAGAAUACGGCAUUCCCCGGAGGUGGCGCUCCCAGGAGUGGGGAAGCCCGGCUCCGCUCGCGCCUCCUUCAGCCUUUGGCCUUCAAGCGGUAGAGGGCGGCCUACACUCGUGUCGGAGUCAGCGCCCGUGCGCACAGCGUUGCCGACCCUGCUAGAAGGCUCCCCGUCUCGCUGUAGCCCGCGGCCCAGCCCGGCAGUCGGACGCUGCGGCUACUCGGUCCACGGGCGCGGCGAGAAGGGGGCGGGGAGAAGCCCUGGCACAGGCGGGGGUCGCCGUAGGAGGCAGUGGCCAGCGCAUGCGCGCCUUCUCCCAGAAGCUUGGGACGCUGAGGGGGCGCGCUCUCCCAUUCGCGCGGGCACGCUUGCGCUAGCCGAGGCUUCCCCGCCUGCGCUCGCGGUCAGAGCCGCUCAGGCGCGUGCGCGUGUUAUCUCCGGUAGACCCGAGUAGCCCGGUUCUCUUUGCUCCAGGCCCCCGCCCCUCGCCGCUCCUCGGCCGACCCGUACCCUUCCUCUCCUCGCGGAAUGGGGCCGGCGCUGCUCGGGGUCGCGCGCCCGGGACCCGGCUCGCGCUCGGUCUCGCGCUGUCAGCGACUGCUUGGCUCGCGCCGCCUCGCGCUUUCCCUCAGUCAGUGGCGCCGAAGGCUCCGUUAAGCAGCGACGGCGGCGGUUCCUGUUUCCGUUUCUUCCUCUCCCUUCAGUAGGGAGUAGCAUCCUCCACCCAGCCACCCCUCCCACUUCCCCAGCGCGGGGCAGCUGCGGCUGAGGGCUGUAGCGGCGGCGGCUGCUGGGGAACGGCGGAGACCGCCUCUGCUCCCGCCUCGGGUUGCUGCUUUUUCUAAGAGAGCACCCAUGACCCUGAUGGUGUUUCCAGUUUUGAUAAAGAGUUCUAUUGCAAUUAUUGAUUAACUGAACAAAUUCAGUUGAUAAUUAUAGUGACCUGGUUUCAAGCAGUAAUUAUCUUCCAUUGGAAAUAUGUGAUUUCAUCCGCUUCUUACCUUCUAGGGGAAAAAAGGUAUUCUUAGGAUAUACACCCAGAGCUGUCUGACCUUACAGUGUAUGCUUUUCAAGCAUGUAGAGUCCAUGAAGCACAGGAAAAUAAAACUUCCUACUCAUACCACCAGGAGGAUCUCUUGAAAAGAGUCACCAUAGGACUACAGGAGAGAGUAAUUUGUCUGAAGCACCAUGUGUUGAAACAACGGAAGGCUGGAACCUUUGCACUGGUUAGAAACAGAGUGAUGAUGUUUUUAAUUCUUUGAGCCCCAGGACCCCAGGAGAGUGAGUUGAAACUCUGAAAAUGCGGCCAUGGACUGGUUCCUGGCGUUGGAUCAUGCUCAUUCUUUUUGCCUGGGGGACCUUGCUAUUUUAUAUAGGUGGUCACUUGGUACGAGAUAAUGACCACCCUGAUCACUCUAGUCGAGAACUGUCCAAGAUUUUGGCAAAGCUUGAACGCUUAAAACAGCAAAAUGAAGACUUGAGGCGAAUGGCUGAAUCUCUCCGAAUACCAGAAGGCCCCAUUGAUCAGGGGCCAGCUUCAGGAAGGAUUCGUGCUUUAGAAGAGCAGCUUGUGAAGGCCAAAGAACAGAUUGAAAAUUAUAAGAAACAAACUAGAAAUGGUUUGGGGAAGGAUCAUGAAAUCCUGAGGAGGAGGAUUGAAAAUGGAGCUAAAGAGCUUUGGUUUUUUUUACAAAGUGAGUUGAAGAAAUUAAAGAAUUUAGAAGGAAAUGAACUCCAAAGACAUGCAGAUGAAUUUCUGUCAGAUUUGGGACAUCAUGAAAGGUCUAUAAUGACGGAUUUAUACUACCUCAGUCAAACAGAUGGAGCAGGUGAUUGGCGGGAAAAAGAGGCCAAAGAUCUGACAGAGCUGGUGCAGCGGAGAAUAACGUAUCUUCAGAAUCCCAAGGACUGCAGCAAAGCCAAGAAGCUGGUGUGUAACAUCAACAAAGGCUGUGGCUACGGCUGUCAACUCCAUCAUGUGGUCUACUGCUUCAUGAUUGCAUAUGGCACCCAGCGAACACUCAUCUUGGAAUCUCACAAUUGGCGCUAUGCUACUGGAGGAUGGGAAACUGUGUUUAGACCUGUAAGUGAGACCUGCACAGACAGAUCUGGUGUCUCCACUGGACACUGGUCAGGUGAAAUAAAGGACAAAAAUGUACAGGUAGUCGAGCUCCCCAUUGUGGACAGUCUUCAUCCUCGUCCUCCAUAUCUACCCCUGGCUGUACCAGAAGACCUUGCAGAUCGGCUUGUACGAGUCCAUGGUGAUCCUGCAGUGUGGUGGGUGUCCCAGUUUGUCAAAUACUUGAUCCGCCCGCAACCUUGGCUAGAAAAGGAAAUAGAAGAGGCCACCAAGAAGCUAGGCUUCAAACAUCCAGUUAUUGGAGUCCACGUCAGACGCACAGACAAAGUGGGAACAGAAGCAGCCUUCCAUCCCAUUGAGGAAUACAUGGUGCAUGUUGAAGAACAUUUUCAGCUUCUUGCUCGCAGAAUGCAAGUGGAUAAAAAAAGAGUUUAUUUGGCCACAGAUGACCCUUCUUUAUUAAAGGAGGCAAAAACAAAGUACCCCAAUUAUGAAUUUAUUAGUGAUAACUCUAUCUCUUGGUCAGCUGGACUACACAAUCGAUACACAGAAAAUUCACUUCGAGGUGUGAUCCUGGAUAUACACUUUCUCUCCCAGGCAGACUUCCUGGUGUGUACGUUUUCAUCCCAGGUCUGUCGAGUUGCUUAUGAGAUCAUGCAGACGCUGCAUCCCGAUGCCUCUGCAAACUUCCAUUCUUUGGAUGACAUCUACUAUUUUGGAGGCCAAAAUGCCCACAACCAGAUUGCUGUUUAUCCUCAUGAACCUCGAACUGCGGAUGAAAUCCCCAUGGAACCUGGAGAUAUCAUUGGCGUGGCUGGAAAUCACUGGGAUGGCUAUUCUAAAGGUGUCAACAGAAAACUGGGAAGGACGGGCCUGUAUCCCUCCUACAAAGUUCGAGAGAAGAUAGAAACGGUCAAGUACCCCACGUACCCUGAGGCUGAGAAAUAAAGCUUAGAUGGACCAGAAAGACCACCAAACUCAGUUCAAACCAUUUGAGCCAAACAGUACGUGAAGAAGGCCCCAACCUAACAGCCCGUGGUUAAAAUUAGUCAACAUCUUCAGCAUCAGGAGCAGCUGGGAUCUGACAGAUGCUUCAUUGGCGGAACUGCUCUUUAACAAGGGCUACAGUGCCCAUAAACCCAUGCACAGUCCAAUAAUGUACUCACGUAUAACAUGCAAACAGAUUGUUUUCUACGUUACCCCUUCUUUCAAGACUAUGUCCCCAUGAAACAAACACUGCCACAUUGUGUAAUUUAAGUGACACAGACAUUUUGUGUGAGACUUCAAACAUGGUGCCUAUACCUGAGAGACUUGUGUGACCAAAUGAGAUGACUUGAAUAGUUCCCUCUUGUGGGGAGCUUGAUUCUCAGCCAGUGGUGGUAUUGUAACCACUGAAUUCACUCCAGUCAACAGAAUUCAGAAUGAGAAUGGAUGUUUUUGUCUGGAAUUUUUUUUUUUUUUUUGAGUAAUUGCACCGGUUCAUCCACCUCAUCAUUAAUAAGUGAAGGAUACAACAGAAAUUAAAAUAUUCACACUCCAUUAGGAACUUUUGUAAAACAAUGCCAUGAACAGAUUCUUUAGUACUCAAUGUUUCUGGACAUUCUCUUUGAUAACAAAAAAUAAAUUUUAAAAAGAGGAA